CCGGGCUGGCUUUGGGGUCCCCCGUCUGCUGCCAGGGCGGCCGCAGCCGCGGGAAAGGAGGUUGGACUUGGGCUGCCACCAUGUCUAAUAAGGCGGCGGACAGCGGCGGGGCGGCCCCCGCCGAGGACCUGUCCAAGGUGUCCGACGAGGAGCUGCUGAAGUGGAGCAAGGAGGAGCUGAUCCGCAGCCUGCGCAGGGCCGAGGCGGAGAAGAUGAGCGCGAUGCUGGACCACAGCAACCUCAUCCGGGAGGUGAACCGCCGCCUGCAGCUCCACCUCGGCGAGAUCCGCGGCCUCAAGGAUAUCAAUCAGAAGUUGCAAGAAGAUAACCAAGAACUGAGAGACCUUUGCUGUUUUCUGGAUGAUGAUAGGCAGAAAGGCAAGAAGGUAUCGCGAGAGUGGCAGAGAUUGGGCAGGUACAGUGCUGGGGUUAUGCACAAAGAGGUUGCCUUAUAUUUACAGAAACUGAAAGAAUUGGAAGUGAGACAAGAAGAAGUGGUUAAAGAAAACAUGGAACUGAAAGAACUGUGUGUUUUGCUGGAUGAAGAGAAAAGUGGUGGGGCAGGCAGCAGGAGUUCCAUUGACAGCCAAAUCAGCCUCUGCCAGCUAAAUGCAACAAGUUCUUACAUACGAGAUGUUGGUGAUGGGAGCAGCACCUCUAGCACUGGAAGUACGGACAGUCCAGACCAUCAUAAACACCAUCCAAAUACUAGUCCUGAACAUCUCCAAAAAAGUAGGGGCGAGGGAAGCCCUGAGCAUCAAAAACAUAGGAGUGUUAGCCCAGAGCAUCUCCAAAAACCUAAGAGUUCUGGAAGUCCCGAUCACCAGAAGCAUCUAAAAGGACCAAGUCCAGAACAUCAUAAAAACGUUGGCAAAGGUAGUCCUGAACAGCAAAAGCACACCAGUAGUAGUCCAGAAACUCUUCCAAAGCACAUUUUAAGUAGUAGCCCUGAACAUUUUCAAAAACAUAGGCCUAGUAGUAGCCCAGAGCAUCAAAAGCACAGCAGUGGAAGCCCCGAGCAUCUUCAGAAACACACAUUGAGUGGAAGCACAGAACAUCUCCAGAAAGUGAGGGGGACAAGCCCUGAGCAUCUCAAACAACAUUAUGUGGGGAGUCCGGAGCAUUUCAAACAUCUCAGUGGAGGCAGCAGAGAAGGUACCCUGAGGAGACAAGUAGCAGAUGAUAUGUCACCUCAUCACAGGAGUGUAUACAAUGGAAUGAAUGACUCAACCUUGUCCUAUGUUAGGCAGCUGGAGGCAAGAGUAAGACAGCUGGAGGAGGAAAAUCGCAUGCUACCCCAGGGUCCCCUUAGGAUGCCAUCAGGAGCAGAUGGGAGUUACUGCUCUCCAAACCAUCCAGCUAGCUUCAGUGGACAUGUCUCACCUUCUCAGCAGCCUGAAGCAGUUGUAAAUGCUAUUAAGGUCUUGGAAGCUCAGGAAAAUAUAGAUCGGCAGCUUGGUAAAGAAUAUGAUCAUGACCUUAGUGAGACAGAAAAAGCUAUAGUCAGAGAAAUGUGCAAUGUUGUGUGGCGGAAGCUUGGAGAUGCUGCAGGUUCAUGUCCUGGAAUUAGACAACAUUUGUCAGGAAAUCAAUAUAAGGGACCUAUGUAAAAGGACCUGAGUGUCACCUCUCUCAGAAGAUAGAAUUUAAAUAGCCAGUGACGGACAGAGGGAACUUAUUCUAUCCACAGUAACUUCUCAGCUGACAACAGGAUGUCUACAUGCAGUAUACAUGACUUCUUCGAAACAGUGGUGAAGUGGUGUAAAAAAGUGGAUAAACUGACCUAAACUCCAUACUCUCCAACUGAGAAGUGGGUAAACUCUGUUUACUCUUGACUACACUACUGCUUUGAAAAUUGGCACAGCUUCUUCAUAAAAGUCUUUCAAACAACAGUUAUGUACCCUAGAGUCCUGGCACUGUCAUUUCAGUGUACUGUAUAGUUAAACUCUGCCUCUUAGCCAUGGCAUUGUCAUUCAAAAAUACACACUCAGAAUGAAAAGAUCUGAAUGCUUCUUAUUUAAAGCAUAAUUGGUAUUCUGCAGGAGAUACACGAACAUGAUUUUUUUUAAAGAUAGUUACAGUGAACCUUUACUGAGUCUGAAUGAAUUUUCCAUUAGGUUUAGCAGGAGUUUUUCACCAGAGUGGAGAGACACCAAAAAACUGUGCCUUCAGUCAUCACAGUUACAAGAAAGUCAGUUACUUGGUAGCUCACACUUCAGUCUACAGUAUUAGUUAAUGGUGCUUAGGCAAUUUGCAGCUGAAAUUAUUUUUUUUUUUAGAAUAACUUGCAUUUUGAGGUGCUAAAAGACCAUAAAAUUUCCUAACCAGCCAGUAGUGUAGCAAAAACUACAGUACAUGUAGUAAAACACAAUUUCUUUCUAAAUGAAAGUGAAGAUAGACAUUUUUCAUUCUCUUUGGUGCACGCCUCCUGGAGACAUACCUGAUGGGCACCAUCCCUUGAAAAGAACACUGAGGUAACAACAUUUAAGACCUCAAACCAAACCCACCAUCAGAGUUCUUUUCUGAGAGCAUUUUCCAAUUGCCAGUGCUAAUUUCUACCACUUAGUUUAGAGACAUGCUGUUUUAUUUAGCUAAAAUAUGAGUCUAAAAGAUUGCACUACUUUUAUGAAAAGCUUUCCUUGCCUACUGUAGUGUUCUUUCAAAGAAAACUUUUAUCCUUCUCAAAGCAUGUCUUUAAUUUAUUCUGAGGCUAAAAGCUCUUGUUCAGAUUGCCUGAAUUUUGACCAGGAGGUGCCCUAGAUGUGCUUAGUUUGUUUUUUUCUAUGUGUAUAACAUUAGAUUGUGUGUAUUGAAAUGCUGUGAUAGGUAUUUAUUGUAUAUCUAAAUGCAACAAUACUUUCUUGUAUGAAUGUGCGACAGGCUUGUGACUGAAUGCUGUUGCUUAACUUUUUACCAUAGCUGAGCAUCAAAAAAUAGGAAUGCAACAAUUCCCAGGUUUUGGGUUUGUUCUUGAUUACUAAAAUUUGAUUCAAAGGUGAUAUCCUCUGUUUUUUGUGGGCUUGUUAUAUGUUGUAUUACUGGUUUGUAGCUAGUGGAAUGUAGUUGGGCUGCUGUGCAACCUUUUUUAUGUGGUAGUGUAAAAUCAACUUCCUGUCUUCAGAAAACUGUUAUGGAUUAAUUUGUGGCGGUAAUUAUAUCUGUUCUGUCAUUUUAUUUGGUACCGUUCAACAUAGUUGUAAGGCCUCCAAUCCAGCAUUCCUUUCUCAGGCACAACUCUUGUUGAUUCCUUUUCCUUGAGUGAGGACUGCAGAAUCUGGCUGUUAAUUUGAAACAUGGCAUUUUUAAAAUAGUUAUUAUAUAUAUAUAAAAAAUGCUUCUUACAUUUCCAUAUUUUUCUCUCAAGCAGUUUUAUCAUUAACUUAAAUUGUUGUAUUCCUAUAAUAAGUGGGGAGGGGGAAGUAAAACAGUAGUAUUUACCUGCAGGGGCUAAUUCAAGGGACACUGGUCUUUUGAUGUUACACUUGUGUAAAUUUUGAUACUGUAUUAAAACUAUUUUUUUACAGUUCUGCAUACAAUUGAGUAUCAAGUAUCUGUGUUC